AUGACCACGGCCGGCGCCCCGGGCGCCCUGCCCGCGGGGACUCCUGUGAGCAACCUCCAUGAGGCCCUGGACCAGUGCAUGACGGCCCUGGACCUGUUCCUCACCAACCAGUUCUCAGAAGCACUCAGCUACCUCAAACCCAGAACCAAGGAGAGCAUGUACCACUCGCUGACGUAUGCCACCAUCCUGGAGAUGCAGGCCAUGAUGACGUUCGACCCCCAGGACAUCCUGCUUGCCGGCAACAUGAUGAAGGAAGCACAGUUGCUGUGUCAGAGGCAUAGGAGAAAGUCUUCUGUGACAGACUCCUUCAGUAACCUGGUGCACCGCCCCACCAUGGACCAAUUCACAGAAGAGGAAAUCCACGCUGAGGUCUGCUAUGCAGAGUGCCUGCUGCAGAGAGCGGCCCUGACAUUCCUGCAGGAUGAGAACAUGGUGAGCUUCAUCAAGGGCGGCAUCAAAGUUCGAAACAGCUACCAGACCUACAAGGAAUUGGACAACCUUGUCCAGUCCUCACAGUACUGCAAGGGAUCGAGCCACAGGCACUUUGAAGGAGGAGUGAAGCUUGGUGUAGGAGCCUUCAACCUGACAUUGUCCAUGCUUCCCACUAGGAUCCUGCGGCUCCUGGAGUUUGUGGGGUUUUCAGGAAAUAAGGACUAUGGGCUACUCCAGCUGGAGGAGGGCGCYUCGGGACACAGCUUUCGCGCUGUGCUCUGUGUCAUGCUGCUGCUGUGCUACCACACCUUCCUCACCUUCGUACUUGGUACUGGGAAUGUCAACAUYGAGGAGGCAGAGAAGCUGUUGAAGCCCUACCUGAAUCGAUACCCCAAGGGCGCCAUUUUCCUGUUCUUUGCUGGGCGGAUUGAAGCCAUCAAAGGCAACAUUGACGCUGCCAUCCGGCGGUUUGAGGAGUGCUGCGAAGCCCAGCAGCACUGGAAGCAGUUUCACCACAUGUGCUACUGGGAGCUGAUGUGGUGCUUCACCUACAAGGGCCAGUGGAAAAUGUCCUAUUUCUAUGCCGACCUGCUCAGCAAGGAAAACUCCUGGUCCAAGGCCACCUACAUCUACAUGAAGGCCGCUUACCUCAGCAUGUUUGGGAAGGAGGACUAUAAGCCCUUUGGGGAUGAUGAAGUGGAGCUAUUUAGAGCUGUGCCAGGCCUCAAGCUCAAGAUUGCUGGGAAAUCUCUACCCACAGAGAAGUUUGCCAUCCGGAAGUCCAGGCGCUACCUCUCCCCAAACCCUAUCUCAUUGCCAAUCCCUGCUCUGGAAAUGAUGUACAUCUGGAAUGGCUAUGCUGUGAUUGGGAAGCAGCCGGAACUCACAGAUGGGAUGCUUGAGAUUAUUACCAAUGCUGAAGAGAUGCUGGCAAAGGGCCCAGAGAAUGAGUACUCAGCAGAUGAUCAGUGCUUGGUGAAACUGUUGAAAGGCCUGUGUCUGAAAUACCUAGGCCGUAUCGAGGAGGCUGAGGAGAAUUUCAGGAGCAUCUCUGCCAAUGAAAAGAAGAUUAAAUAUGACCAUUAUUUGAUCCCAAAUGCCCUAUUGGAACUGGCCCUUCUGUUUAUGGAACAAGGCAGAAACGAAGAGGCCAUCAAACUCCUGGAGUCAGCCAAGCAAAACUACAAGAAUUAUUCCAUGGAGUCAAGGACGCAUUUUCGAAUCCAGGCAGCCACACUCCAAGCCAAGUCUUCCCUAGAGAAUGGCACCAGAUCCAUAGUCUCAUCAGUGUCCUUGUAGCUUUGUGUAGCAUUCCUGGGCUGCAAGAUGAACAGAGACAGCUGGACAGAGCUCCUGGAAACAUUUCAAAAGAUUCCCUCCCCCUGCCCUGCCCUGCCUUUGGGGUCCACCGGUGCUCCAGUGGGAUGGCACAGCAAGAGUAUCCAUGCAGAAGCAAAGCUGGCAUUUUCACUAGUGUGGCCACAUGCCUUUGCCAAGGGCAGAGCAGGUGGAGCCCUCUGCCUGCCCUAUCACAAAUACGGGUACUUGUUUUUCACUGUGAUGUUUAAAGAGAAUGUAUGAACAGUUUACAUUUUCCUUAGAAAUACAAUGAUGGGAUUAUAGUUGGCUUUAAAAACAAAACCAACCAACCACCUGUAAACCUUUGUUUUCACCCACACUGAUGUGGCAGUAAAUCUUUUUAAGCCUCAGCAAAGACCUUCCUUUCAGAGGACCUAAAGAAUAUCCAGAGGGUCUGUGACUCUGAAUUUGAGGUUCCUGGAGGUAGGGCACAAAUGUCACACAGACACCUACUCUCAUACUUCGUAUCCCCCCCCUUAAUAACUGUCCAACUGUCAAGCAGGUAUUUUUAGGGAGAUGAAGKUUGAGCCCAUCUGUAGAAAAAUCAAUUCCCACCAGUAGGGAACAGGGAUGCCAAGGCCCAGCAGAGGCACCUUGUAACCUUUGUGCGCCAAAACCAGKAACUUUGUGGGAAGUGAGGGAGGUGGUUUUCAGAAACCAGUCUGCAUCCUUGCUAUAUGCCAAACUAAAACCACUGGGAAUAAUGAAACGAAAAUAUGUACUUCACUCCAAGGUAUGUUUAUUUACAGACAGCAUUUUUCUUAGAAAUAGAAUGAUUAUUCUUGGCCUCUGUAUUAUGUUUUAGAUUUUUCAGUGAAGAGAUAUUUAAUAAAAUUUAUACACUUGAAGAGGUCAUGCAACAUCUAUUUCAAUAAAAUAUGUGUUGCUUGAAUUCUUGGGCAGGGCAGAAAGUCUUGAUUAGAAGCGACAUGGCUCAUGUCAACAUUUUUUGAAUAAGUUACCAACAUAAAAAUGAGAAGAUUUUGCAAAUGAAUCUGGUUUCUGGCCUCAACAUUGAGCCUCAAUUCCCACAAGAGGACAAUCAGCUGGAGUUAAGUAGAGACUACUUUAAAYACCACUUCUAUCUUUCUGGCCCCUAACAGCAUUUGAAUUUGUAAGCUCUGGGACUGUUAAGUGAGAACUCAAGUUCGGUUACCAACAAUUUUACUGGUCACAUUCUAAUGUCAGUACAUUUCAACAUAACUAUUUAGYUAACAGUAAAAAUAUUCAUCUGUAAAGAAGUGACUCCCCAGAUGCAUGAAUGCAAUUUCUAUAAGAAUCACAGCCAUCUUUUUCAAAUUUUCCAGAAUUGCUGUUUAGCAAACACCUGAGCAUCUGCCAGGGGUUGGGUUAAUAAUAAUAUACAAUCAACCAGCCUCCUAUGAGCAAUGCUGAAAGGAAUAACUGGUUUUAGCUAAAACACAUUCUUACCAGAAAAAAAAAAAAAAAGACAACUCUUCAUCCAAUAACAUCUUUUGCACUCUCAAAAGUGCUGUCAGAGUAUAAACGCUGUGAAAAAAUAUUCUGUCCAAGAGAGAGCCAGUCCUUUGCAAGCUCGCUCUUCUCUAAAGCCUGGAUGCUGGGAGACCAACCUGUUUUUAGGCUGUUGGACAGGACAAAGUGAGAGGGGUGAUUGCUUGAUGAGGGUGACGGUUUCCCUACAUAUUAGAACGCUGCCAAAGCAGCACUGGUCACAGUAUCCUGACACAUUAUUUGCAAAAUGCAG